AUGGCCGAGCCGGUGCUGGGCACUCACCAGUCGGAGCGGAGGGACCGGAGCAGGGAAAAUGAGCUGGCUGAGGGAAUUGACAAAAGGGAAAGGAGAAGGUCUGCAGUGUCACCAGCCAGGGACAGCACCUCCUGCUCGGGAAUGCUGAGCCACAGUCGGUACUGCAGCUCCGAGCGCGCCGUGCGCUUCCUGCGGCUCCGCCGGCGCCGGGACCGGGACAGGGACAGGGACAUGGAGCCGGGCCGGGACCGGGACAUGGACCUGGGCUGGGACAACGACGGGGACUGGCCGUGCGAGGCCGCGGGGCCCUCGGCCGGGGCGCUCCCGGCAGGAACCGCGGUUGCUGUGCCGGGAGCGCAGGCGCGGAGCCGGGAGCGGCAAUGGCGGAGCCCGGGGAGCGGCGGGGCCGGGCCGGGGUCACCGGGAGCGGCUGCGGCGGGCUCGGAGGGUGAGGAAGCCAACCCUGGCGAGGAGGAAGAUGAGGAGGUGUGGGAGGAUGGAGACAGCGGCCACCAAAGGCUGGGGAAGGCCCAGCUCCAGAGAAAAGCUGCCAAGGAAGAAAGGAAGAGCUUCCCCCAGUGAAAACCUUCCCAGUCCCACGCUGGGUUUGCACACACAGGAGGCUCCAUCCCGGCUGGAAUCCAGUCACAGCCCCCAGAUCAAUGUGCACUUUAAGGUCUCACAGUCUCCUGCCUCUGGACAUGGAAAAUCAGUUUUUCGUUGCCAGAAUCCUCUGAGGCUGAAACAAAGACAAGGAACCUUCUGAGAUGGAAAGAGCCAGAGCAAGUUGUUGUGGGAAAGGAAAAUUAAAUAUGGUAAGUGCUAAAACCUUUGUUCUUCCUGACCUCUGUACUUGACCUCUGUACCUGGGAAUGGGUCAGCUCUGGAAAUUUCCUGGAGACACUGGAGAAUGAUCCCUGGUCUGCUGAAAAGUGGGAAAAUCCCACUGGCAAUUGCAGCCCCUGAGGGAGGGCAAAAAGAGCAGGACCUCAGUCUGUGAGUGUGUGAGAAAUAAGGGAGGGACAAAUCUAUGGAUCAUCCUGUGCCUCAGGGCACCAGGAAAAGCCCUUGACCUAAAAACUGAAGUGCUGUUCCACAGAGAGCCUGGGCAUUGGGCUCAUCCCAGCUUCCCUUCCAGAGCUGGAGGAACACCCCGCAGUGUUGUAUGAGACAUUCCUGACUGGAACUGGGGCCAGCUGGGCACUUUCGUGUUUUCCUGUAGGAUAUGGGCUGUGACAUGAAUUGGCUCCAGCAGGGCCCAAGAUCACUCUGGGGUCUGUGGCAGGGACAACUCCCAGAGCCAGACAGGGAGGGGGACCUGCACCCACACUCCCGAAAAGCUGAGAAGGAAGAACACCUGCCUGCAGCUGGCUGCAGCUCCUGGAGCUCUGGGCUUUCUGGCACACUCAGGGACAUGGGAUAAUGCCAGAAUCAUUCAAACCUUGGGAAUAAUGGGAUUAAUACCACCCCUUGAGCUCCUGCCCAUCGGCCACUGGCUGCAGAUGGUGGUGGAAGUGAUGGAGGCAUUCAGGGAAUGCUGAUUGUUUUUCCCUCGCUUUGGCAAUCUGGUCAGCAAAAAUACUAAUUGAGCUCUUCCAGCAGGGAAACAUUUAAGCAAGAGGUGCUGAAAAAAUUGGAGUUUCUGAUUUCAAGUCUCCAACUUAAAAUCCUCUUUGGAUUGUCACUGGUCCAAUUUUCAUGCACUGGUCACCGUGGCCAGGAGUGUCCAGUCCUGCUGGAAAUGCACUGGACCAGGAUGUCAUUUUCAUUUUAUGCUGGUAAAGACCCUCUGGGUGACCCCCAGUGACUGGAAAGACUGCUCUGGGCUCCCAGGGCACUAAUUCCAGGGGUUCUGUUUUUGGGAAUAGCACAGGAACCCUUCCCUUGCCCAGAGGAGCAGUAAGUGCCUCGAAUCCCCAGGGUGGACCACAGAGAAAAUAACAGGAAUGUGGAAAUCCCCCACACUGGGAGUUUGUGGUGCUCUGAAUAACUUUUGGAUUUAUAAUGUUAAAGGGGGGUGUGGAAUGGCUUCUCUCCUUUUUAUUGUCAUUGUUAUCACUGCUCUUGUUGCUAUCACUGUUAUUAUGUGUUGUCAUUAAUAUUAAAUGAUUGUAUUUGACUGGUUUCCAUUAUUAAAGUGCUC